CUCUAGCCUCACCCAGGGAAGUCGAGGUCCUCACCUUGUUCAGGAGCCCGCGCCUCUGUGCCUGCGGCCACUUGCCCUCCGCUCUGUCUUGCGCUAUCUACUGCCCUCUUGCCAUCCACCAUGGCCCUACUGCACUCCAGCCGCAUCCUCUCCGGGGCCGCUGGCGCCUUCCACCCGGGCCUUGCCGCCGCAGCCUUUGCCAGAGCCAGCUCUUGGUGGGCCCAUGUAGAAAUGGGACCCCCAGAUCCCAUCCUGGGAGUCACUGAAGCCUACAAGAGAGACACCAACAGCAAAAAGAUGAACCUGGGAGUUGGUGCCUACCGAGAUGAUAAUGGAAAGCCUUAUGUGCUCCCUAGCGUCCGGAAGGCAGAGGCCCAGAUUGCUGCAAAAAAUUUGGACAAGGAAUACCUGCCCAUUGGUGGACUGGCUGAAUUUUGUAAAGCAUCCGCAGAACUAGCCCUGGGUGAGAACAGUGAGGUGUUGAAAAGUGGCCGGUUUGUCACCGUGCAGACCAUUUCUGGAACUGGCGCCUUAAGGGUCGGAGCCAAUUUUAUGAAAAAGAAUCUCUUUGCAUUCUUUGACAUGGCCUACCAAGGCUUUGCCAGYGGUGAUGGUAACAAGGAUGCCUGGGCUGUGCGCCACUUCAUCGAACAGGGCAUUAAUGUUUGUCUCUGCCAAUCAUAUGCCAAGAACAUGGGCUUAUAUGGCGAGCGGGUGGGAGCCUUCACCAUAGUCUGCAAAGACGCUGAUGAAGCCAAAAGGGUGGAGUCACAGCUGAAGAUUGUGAUUCGCCCCUUGUAUUCCAACCCUCCUCUCAACGGGGCCCGGAUCGCCUCUACCAUCCUGACUUCCCCGGAUUUGCGAAAGCAGUGGUUGCAGGAAGUGAAAGGCAUGGCCGACCGCAUCAUUAGCAUGCGGACCCAGCUGGUCUCUAACCUCAAGAAGGAG